AUGUCCCUUCGUUUGCAACCCAACUGCAUCCUUUACCUUCGCCGCGGCGACAGCAAGGCGGCCGACAGCUUGAGCCUGGGCCUUAGUGUAGUUGCUUCUUUUUGCCGCAUUUGCGUCCACCUCUUCCCCUCUCUCAAAACGACGACAAAUAGCCAGGACGACGACGACGAUUCAUUUCAAGCAUGCCUGCUGGCGCAUGCAAGAAGGCCACAGCGGACUCAGGUUGUCCUCGUCUCCUACCUUGGGAGACGAGGGUAUGCGACUUCUGGAUGGUAG